CAAUCCAACGCGUUGAGCUCCAUCGUGCGGUUGUGGGGCUGCUGCUUUACCGACAGAAAACGACAAAUAACCGAGUUCGCUUUGGAAGAGAGGAAUUUGUGUGUGUGAUAAAUUGUAGACCCCCACAGAUGCUCGAUAAAAUGUGAGAAAAGAUGUCUGCGACUUACCCAAAGAACGGCCAGCGUCUCAGCUGCUCGAGCAGCCUGAGCAGCAAUGGCAAUCACUCGGAUCUGGUGACACUGCCGCGCAAGCGUCGUCCCCGAGCCGUUGGCGAAGUUGCCGUCACCUGCCAGCACUCCACCAUCGUCUAUCUCAAUGCGCCGCCAACCGAAGAGCCCGUGCCUUGUGCCCCCGAGCCGCUAUACCAGAACGAGGCAGCUGUCGAGCAGCAGCAGGAGUUAGACAAAAAGGAGAAGCGUCGCUGGGUGCGGGCUGAGGUGACGACGCUGCGGGUGUGCCAUAAGGAGCUGGGCAAUCCCAGCCAGGAGUCCAUGGUAGUGAGCACUUUUGUAGAUGACUCCGAUCACUAUUACGAGACGCUGCACUCGAGCCAGUUGCAGCGGCAGCAGGAUGGAGCACGCAAUGGACUGCGAGCCUCGCAUCGACGCGCCAAGAGCCACUCGGUCUCCGCGCAUGCGCUGGGCGAGCAUGUGGGCAUCUCCGACGACUACGACUCCUUUGAGACGGACAGCGAUGAGCAUGGCGAGGAGUCGCCCAGUCAGCGUCUGCGAAACCACAAUGACAGCGGCGUGGACAUGAGAAAUCAUCGCCUGCCCAAGCCACCGGCACCACAGAAUCAAGUCUACGAGUUUGUGCGCAAAUUCAAGGAUUUUAUAUCCAACAAAAAGUCACCAAAGGGCAGCCAGCAGAAGCUGUACGAGAACACGACAACGGGCACGGCCUUCUAUGUGGAGAGUGGCAAGGCGCAGCAGGAGAUCUACGAUAAUACAGAGUACUCGGCCAAGGCGCUGAGCAGCUCCGAGAAGACUCUCAAUGGCUUCCACAGCUCGGAUAAGACACUCAAUGGCAGUGGUGGCUUCCACAGUCCGGCAGAGCAACCGGCAGUGCUGCGUGCCAAGCAGAAGAACGGCAAGAGCCUGCGCUCCAGGCUGCGCAAGAGUCUCGUGGGUUCCACGUUCGACAGCAAGCAGCUCUCCGGACUGACGGCCACACGGAGCACGUUCUACCUGGAGGAUCCAGAGCUGGGACCGGAACCGAGCAGCGCCGGGGAGCUGGACUCGGGCUUCUCCGAGAAGGCCUCCUCCGGCGAUAUUCCCGUGCAGAUGCCCAGCGCUGAGGCACAGAAAUUCUCCACCGUUGCCCGCAAGGCCAAGAAGGAGGCCAAGGCGACGAGACGUCGCACCACAAUUGGGCUGCGGCCACACGAUCCACCGCCACCACCUCCACCAGCACCGCCGUUCCCUGGCCUCAAAGUGGAUCAGGGACAGGGGGAGCAAUCGGGGCAGCCGGGACAGACCACCUCGUGGUAUGCCGAGUGCGGAGUCUUCAAGCAAUCGAAUCAUCUCAAUGGCAGCCCAUCGCAGGCCAACGACGACCUGGCCACGCCCACGCCAAGUACGCAUGGGGGCGGAGGCAGCUCCUGGUACGCUGAAUCGGGUCUCUACCAGACGAGCGGCAUCUCUGUGGCCAGCUCCAGCGGCAGUUCGGGCGUGUCCACCGGCAACGAGGCAGGUCUGGGCGAUGAUCUGCAAACGGAACCCCAUAGCAUGUUCUCCAACGAGCCACUCUAUCAGAUGUACAGCGCCGCCAAGCUGGAGUCAAUCACUCGCGAUCUGGAGGCGCACGAGAGCUCUGCGGAUGGCUAUGAGGAGAUUGGCAUGCACGCUCUACGCAGCCCAAAGCCACAGCCCGAGCCCGCACACGUGGAACAGCUGCCCAAGCAGCGACCAUCCGCUUUGCAGUUGGUGGGACCAAAGAACGGACCAUCUCGCACGCUUUGGAGCGAGAUCCCAGAGGUUAUACACUCCGGCAUAUUGCCGACACUCAAAGCUCGGGAGCGCAGCCUGCAGGAGGCCAAGUUCGAGAUUAUAACAUCGGAGGCGAGUUACCUGAAGUCGCUGAGUCUGCUGCGGCGACACUUUAUGAACAACAGCGCCUUUGUGGACAGCACGGUGCUGACUCCGCGGGAUCGCAAGGCGCUCUUCUCCUACAUUGUGCCGGUGCACGAGUGCUCCGAGCGACUGCUGACAGAGCUGGAGUGCUGCUGGCAGGACAACAUCAUGCUGCAUGGGCUCAGUCGUUGCAUCUACGAGAUUGCCGAGCGGCACUUCCACGUGUACAUUGCCUUCUGCGAGCAUCAGGGCAGGAUGGACAGAACGCUGCGUCGGUUAAAGGAGGCCAAGAAUGGCGUGUUCCAGCAGCAUCUGGAAAAGCUGGAGGCGAGUCCCAGCUGCUGUGGCCUGAAUCUCCACUCGUUCCUCAUGCUGCCCAUGCAGCGGAUCACACGCCUGCCGCUGCUCAUCGAUGCAGUGUUCAGCAAGGAAUCGCCACACAAUCAAGAGGAGUACGAGAGCUGGAAACGCACGCUGGCCCUCGUCCAGAAGGUGGUGGCGCAGUGCAACGAGGCGGCCAAUCGCUGGGAGCAAGCCUACGAGCUGGAGCGCAUCUCGAAGCAGCUGGAAUUCCCCUCGCACAUUCGAGCUCUGGCCAUUGCGCCCGUGGGCGUGCCCAAGCAGGGCGCCAAGCCGCGCUUUCUGGUCAAGCGGGGGGAGCUCACACAUCUGGUGUGGCGUGGCGACGAUGCCAAGCUGACAUUUGGCAAGCGAUUCACCAAGUCCAGCAUCUAUGCGUUUCUCUUCUCCGAUCUGCUGGUGCUCUGCAAGCGCCGUGGCGAGUCCAGCUUCAGUGUGUUUGACUAUUGUCCCAGGAGCAUGUUGACCAUUGCCUCGGGCGACACGCUGCCGCAGCUGCCAACCAAAGAUAUCAAGGACCAGGCCGGCAAGAACCUCAUCCUGAUGACGCUGCUCGAGAACUGCGAUCGCAAGACAGUGGAACUAGUGCUCUCCUGCCCUUCGGUGUCGGAUCAGCAGCGUUGGCUGCAGGCCAUGCGGCCACCAGAGGCGGAAACGCCCGGCGAGAAGCUCUACGAGUCCUGGGACUGUCCGCAGGUCGUGGCCAAGCAUAGCUACGAGUCCGACGAGCCAGAUGUUCUCAAUCUAGAGCUGGGCGAUGUUGUCAACGUAUCACGCAAGCUGCCAGAUGGCUGGUACCAGGGCGAGCGCAUUCGCGACGGUGCCGUCGGCUGGUUUCCAGGCAGCUACACGGAUGAACUCAACUCUGCCCACGUACGCUCCCGCAAUCUGAAGCAGCGUCACCGCCUCCUCACCUUCACGGCCACCUAUCUGGAGGCGCAGAAGGGCAAGUGAAGGAUUGUCCCUGCCUCCUACUCAUUCGCUAUCGUGGCCAUCUCCAACCGCUUGCCACACGGCAAGUGGUCGAGUAUUAUUGUGUGUGUAGUGCGUGUGCAAUCCAUUAGCAAUCCAUUGUAGUCCGCAAAACAAACUUAAAGUGAAUUACCAUAAUACAUAAAUAACCGAUAGGAAAUGUGAUAAUUUAAUUUAGAUCGAGAAAAAAAACGUUACAACAGAAUAGUAGAGCUACAAAUAUUUGCCCCCAUAUUCGAUAAGCACUAGCCACUAUUUAUAUUUAUGGAUACUUACCACUGUAAGGGGAUAUUUAUGCGUAUUCUCGGUAAAUAAAUAAAAUACGAAAAGAAUUGUUGAAACAAG